AUGGCAGAGAAAUCACGUCGUGUGGCACAAACGGAAGAUUUAUCGAAUGUUGAAUUUGAAACCAGCGAAGAUGUCGAAGUUAUUCCUACCUUUGAUAACAUGGGUCUCCGCGACGAAUUGUUACGCGGGAUCUACGCAUACGGUUUCGAAAAGCCAUCCGCCAUUCAGCAACGAUCCAUCAAGCCGAUCAUGAAAGGCAGAGAUGUUAUAGCACAGGCGCAAUCUGGUACAGGAAAGACUGCCACCUUCUCGAUUGCGAUACUGCAAUCGCUGGAUACUCAAGUACGGGAAACUCAAGUUCUGGUUUUGUCUCCGACUCGAGAACUCGCUACUCAGAUUCAAAAGGUCAUACUCGCAUUGGGGGAUUUUAUGAAUGUACAAUGUCAUGCUUGCAUCGGUGGCACAAAUCUUGGGGAGGAUAUUAGAAAGCUCGAUUAUGGUCAGCAUGUUGUAUCUGGCACACCUGGUAGAGUAUUCGAUAUGAUUAAAAGGCGAGUACUCAGAACUAGAGCUAUAAAAAUGCUUGUGCUGGACGAAUCUGAUGAAAUGUUGAACAAAGGUUUCAAAGAGCAAAUUUAUGACGUGUAUCGGUAUUUACCACCAGCGACGCAGGUUGUUUUAGUUUCAGCCACUUUACCACAUGAAAUUCUCGAGAUGACUAGUAAAUUUAUGACUGACCCUAUUCGUAUCCUCGUCAAACGUGAUGAAUUGACAUUGGAAGGAAUCAAGCAAUUCUUCGUCGCUGUGGAACGAGAAGAGUGGAAGUUUGACACGCUCUGCGACUUGUACGACACGCUAACGAUAACGCAAGCAGUUAUCUUUUGUAACACUAAACGUAAGGUAGACUGGUUGACGGAGAAAAUGCGAGAGGCUAAUUUUACAGUGUGUUCCAUGCACGGAGACAUGCCACAGAAAGAACGAGAUAAUAUAAUGAAGGAGUUUCGAUCUGGUCAAAGUCGUGUACUAAUUACAACAGAUGUCUGGGCGAGGGGAAUUGACGUUCAGCAAGUAUCUCUCGUAAUCAAUUAUGACCUACCAAACAAUCGUGAAUUGUACAUCCACAGAAUAGGCCGAUCGGGACGUUUUGGUCGUAAAGGUGUAUCAAUCAAUUUUGUGAAAACUGACGAUAUAAGAAUUCUUCGAGAUAUCGAGCAGUAUUACUCCACGCAGAUAGAUGAGAUGCCAAUGAACGUGGCUGACUUGAUAUAAAGCACACAAGAUCUACAAAUAGACCAAAUAUCUUUUCUUGUGGUUAUAGACACGCACUCUCCUGAUUUCCUUAACUUCUUAGAUGUAUUCACACCGCUUUCGUUAGAAAGAGUAAUAUUCAGAAAAAAUGUAUGUAAAAAUCUACUAAAGAUAUUUCAUGGCGAUAUUUUCCAAAAUCUUUUAAUUUAUUCCUAACAAAAGCCUUUUCAUAAAUAGCGUAUAAGUUAUUUUUAGUAAUUUCGUUAUUUCUACUCUGUAAGAAUGUUACGUAUCAUGAUAUCACGAUGAAGUAGAAGAAACUGUACCUACUGUAUUUUCUUCAUAUCGUGCAAGAAUAACGAAAAGUAUCCAGAUAUAAUGAUUGUAAGAAAAUUAUAAAAAUUAUACCUGUACAUCUGAACACUGAUAUGUAUAUUACUGAUAUAUCGGAGAUUUUUUAUCGAAACGAAAUAAAUCUCGUUUUACGUAUAUGGAUUA